AUGGACUCUGUGACCGAGUUGCCAUCGCUGGCUUCACUGAAAGACACUUUGCAAGUAAAUCGAAGCGAAGCCCUCCAAGCACGCAAUCUCGCGACAGCAGUUCAUGAAUCUACCUCAGCACUCGAUCGGCUACACAGAUAUUUAGAGCAGUUCCUGGCAGUCCGCGUCGAAGCAUACGCGCAACAGGGCAAAGUCACUAAGGUGUAUAGUGAUGCCCUAUUCUUUGUCGACAACUUCCCCGGCUAUUUGAGGACAUAUAAUAUCGCCACACACACAAUAUUCUACCUCUCCAAUGAAGCUUACCAUAUGCUUGAAAAGCGUAUGGACAUGAUGCUCACCGUGAUCCUAAACGAGCUCUCUUUUGGUGACAUCCUGCGGUGCAUGACUGUACCCAAAGCGUGUCGCCAAUGCAUUAUUGAUUGUCCUACAAUGGUCACGCUACAAAACUAA